AUCAUUUGGGGUGCAAUGAUAUCUGAAUAACUGUGGUGAAGGGAUAUUUUUGUUAUAGUGCUUCGGAAGUUCGAAUCUCACUAAUUUUACUUUUGGCGCGUUGGUACGCACGCGUGGUUAGUCCUUUUAUCUGCGCACAAUGGUUGUUAAAAAAGAAGUUAAGGAGAAAACAAAUAACCCGAUGCGGGAAAUAAAAAUCCAGAAGCUAUGCCUUGAUAUAUGCGUUGGGGAAAGCGGUGACAGACUAACUCGAGCUGCCAAAGUUUUAGAGCAAUUGACUGGUCAGCAACCCGUUUUCAGCAAAGCACAUAAAACUAUCAGGAGUUUUUCGAUCAGACGUAAUGAAAAAAUUGCUGUCCACUGUACUGUGCGGGGACCAAAAGCAGAGGAAAUUUUGGAAAAGGGUCUAAAGGUGAAGGAAUAUGAGCUUCCUAAAUCAUGCUUCAGUAAAACCGGAAACUUCGGCUUUGGAUUGACGGAACAUAUUGAUCUUGGAUUAAAAUACGAUCCCGCUAUUGGGAUUUAUGGAAUGAACUUCUACGUCAUUUUGGGCAGACCUGGGAUGCGCGUUAGAUAUCGACGUCGUUGUCAAAGCCGCGUUGGCAAUAGUCAUCAUGUCCAAAAGGAAGAAGCUAUGAAAUGGUUCCAAACAAAGUUUGAUGGUAUUUUGUUAAACAAAUAAUGUUAAGAGGAAAUUCUGGCAUUUGUUAUCUGGUUCUUAUUUGUCGUGGUAAUUCUUAAAAUCAGCUUGUAAUCUGGGUGUUAAACUAUUAAAUCCUUGUUGACCAGUUAGUGUAAGCAUAAAUCAGUUUAUACAUGUUUCGACGAUCAUACAGCUUAUCAAGUCGUUUUUGUAGUUCGUGUAUAUAGUCAUCCGUUUAGUUUAGCUAAACUACUGCUCACAACAUGUAGCUUCCGCAUAUGUUCGUGCUACGAGUAGAUGGGUAUCAAGGCCUUCGUAAUAAUCAGAUUCCUUGUUUUUUCCUUAAUACAUGAUUGUAGUUUCUUAAAUAAAUUAUAAAGUAG